AGGCAUAAAACCCCGGGAUCCCAGCCAGAGGCAGCUCCUGCACCUGCUGGCCAUGAAGGGAAGCAGCUCCCUCCUGCUGGCUGCCCUCGCCAUGCUCUGCGGGCUGGCUACGGCGGGGGACAGUGAUGAGUUUUUCAUGGAGUUCCUGCAAACGCUGCUGGUGGGGACCCCAGAUGAGCUCUACGAGGGGCCCCUGGGCAAGUACGACGUCAACGAGGAUGCCAGAGCAGCGCUGACAGAGCUCAAGUCCUGCAUCGACGGCCUGCAGCCCGUGCACAAAGAGGAGCUGGUCAAGCUGCUGGUGCAAGUGCUGGGCAAUUCGGAUGAUGCCUAAGUGGACCCCAGACGUGGUUCCAAGCAGCCACAGGACCCUCCACACAAGCGUCCCUGGACACGCUGCCCCACGACUGCUUCUCCACGUGUAAAUUUACCCUCAAACUGU